ACGAGAGGUUAGUAUUGUAUAAUAAAACAAAAUUAAUGUCUAGAUAGUAAAUUUUUUUUGAUAAAGUUGGGAAAAAACUUUUACUUCGUCUAUUGUUUCUAUUAUUUAGCCAAAUCUCUUAUACUAACAUUAAACCAGGAAAAGCUUUAGGGCGUGAUUUAAUUGAAGAUGUCUGUGGUAAUUGAAACUACAAUUGGAGAUAUAACUGUUGAUCUCUAUCUAAAAGAAAGACCAAAUACAUGCUUAAAUUUCCUAAAACUGUGCAAAGUGAAAUAUUACAAUUUAUGUGUUUUCCACAAAGUUGAAAGAAAUUUCAUUGCUCAGACUGGUGAUCCAACAGCGACGGGCCGAGAUGGCGAAUCUAUAUUUUGUCGCUUGUACGGAGAACAAGCGAAGUAUUUUGAUGCUGAAUUAAAGCCACGCCUCAAACAUGAAAAAAUCGGCACUCUUUCUAUGGUCAAUAAUGGGAAUAACAUGAACGGUUCUCAGUUCUUUUUAACCCUCGGUGAAAAUCUUACAUAUCUGGAUGAAGUUCAUACCGUAUUUGGUGAAGUUGCUGAAGGUUUUGAGACUCUUCUUAAAAUCAAUGAAGCUAUUUGUGAUCCUAACAACCGUCCGUACCAAGAUAUAAGAAUCACACAUACUGUGGUACUGCAUGAUCCUUAUGAUGAUCCUAAAGGAUUAGAAAUUCCCGAUGCAUCGCCUGAGCCUACCAGAGAGCAGUUGGAAUCCAAUUAUAUUGGUGCUGAUGAAGAAAUUGAUGACACCAAAGGCAAAAGUAUGGAGGAAAUUGAGGAAAAAAUUAAAGAAAGUGAAGCAAAAGCAAGAGCCACAAUUCUAGAAAUGGUUGGAGAUAUACCAGAUGCCGAUGUAAAACCUCCAGAAAAUGUAUUAUUUGUGUGCAAGCUGAAUCCAGUUACAACUUCUGAAGAUUUAGAAAUAAUUUUUUCCCGAUUUGGACCAAUAAAAAGUUGUGAGGUAAUUAAAGACAAAAAAACCGGGGAAUCUUUACAGUAUGCCUUCAUUGAAUUUGAAAAUGAAGAAGAUUGUGAAAAUGCUUACUUUAAAAUGGACAACGUAUUAAUUGACGAUCGGCGAAUCCAUGUUGACUUUAGUCAGUCUGUCUCAAAAUUGCAAUUUGAUAUGCAAAAGAAGUCUUCAAAGGGAAAACCAUCCCAGUCACAGAACUUUUUGAUAAAAAAUACUCAGAACUCAUCACGUGGGUAUGAUAUGAUUUUUGAUAUGGAUGAAAAUAGUAACGAACCUCGGACUCACAGAAAAGUUCAUAGGCAAAAAUAUUCAGUGUCACCGAAGCAUAAGCGAAAACAUAAAAAUGAAUCACAUGACUGUAAAAGUAGUAAAGCAGAUGGAAACCGCACACGGAGAGACGAAUGUAGGGAAAUAAGAAAAGAUCCAUCCUCUCCCCAUCAUUAUUCAUCGUAUGAUAAAUAUAAAAGAAGUCAUACCUCUAUAUCAGAAAAGACUAAUAUUAAUGAGUAUAAACGAACUAAUUUAGAUUGGAGGAAACCUGAGAAUAAAUCAAGGAGGAAAUCUAGAUCACCAUCUCCAUCAAAUGGAUCGUUAAGGUAUUCUCAUGAUAAACACAAAAGACCUCAGACAGAAAAACAUGAAAGGAAUGUUGCUAAAUGGACUGAUUCAGAUCGGAGGAAACAAGAGAAAAAAUCUCGGAAGAGGUCUAGAUCAUCAUCUUCAUCAAGUGAAUCUUUAAGAUAUUCUCGUGAUGAACGUAAAAAGUCUCCCAUGUUAGUGUUAGGAAAAGAUAAAAGGAAUGUAGAUAAACAAUCUGAUUCAAAUAGAAGGAAAAAAGAGAAAACUUCAAGCAAAAAGCCUAGAUCAUCCUCUUCAUCAAAUGAAUCUUCGAGUCGUUCUCGAGAUAGAUCACAGAUUAAGAAAUCCAAAAAGAAAAGGUCAAAACGUUCCAGUUCUUCAUCCAUUCAUUCAGAUUCUUCAUUUCAUGCACAUGAGUACGCAUCAGAAAAGCAGAAUGCAGACAAGGCCUUAUCACAUAAGUUAAGCUCUUCAUCUCGUACUUCAUAUUCUAAAUCAAAAAGAUAUGUUUCAGAUUCAGGAUCUACAUCUUCAUCUUCAGAUGACUCAAAUCGUAAUUCACAUUCAAAGUCAGACAGGGAAAAAGUAAAAUACAUUUCAAAUUCAAAAUCUGCAUCUUCACCUCCACAUCGUGUAAGUCUUAAUUCGCAUUCAAAGUCAAAAGCGAAAGCACUGAGACAUGUAUCAGAUUCGAGAUCUUCUAUAUCUCCGGAAUGUUCAACUCAGAAUUUACAUUCAAAUUCCAAAAGAAAAAAGACAAAAUAUACUUCAAGAUCUUCAGCUCCCGAUCUAUCUCUUGAGAACAUGACAACAAAACGUUCUCAUCAUAAAUCUUACAGGGGUAGAGAAGACAGCUAUCAUCGUUAAAAACAAUUUUAAUUUGUAAGAGCUUUUGAACCAGUUUUUAUUGUAAAUUUCAGGGAAUUCCGAAUCUAAUUAAAAUGAAAGUCUUAUUAUA